UGAAAUCCUCACAUUUCCUCAUAAUCUAAUUUGGGAAAGUAAUUGUUUUAUGACUGUUAAAAUACUUCUUCCCUCUUGAUUCAGUCAGGUAAACUUUUUGAUAAGUAAAUGAAACUUCUCUUUUUGUAGUAAAGUACUCAGCUGUGUGGGAUAUUGCAUAAAUCUUGGAAGACUGUGAUAAAGUGGCAAUGUCUCGAGAACCCACCCCACCUCUCCCUGGAGAUAUGUCUACUGGUCCUAUAGCAGAAAGCUGGUGUUAUACACAGGUUAAAGUAGUAAAAUUUUCCUACAUGUGGACGAUUAAUAACUUCAGUUUUUGUCGAGAGGAAAUGGGUGAAGUGUUAAAAAGUUCAACAUUCUCAUCUAGCCCCAGUGACAAAAUGAAAUGGUGCCUGAGGGUAAAUCCAAAGGGAUUAGAUGAUGAAAGUAAAGACUACUUGUCCUUAUAUUUGCUUUUAGUCAGCUGCCCAAAAAGUGAAGUUCGAGCAAAAUUCAAAUUUUCCCUUCUGAACGCUAAAAGGGAAGAGACAAAAGCAAUGGAAAGCCAAAGAGCAUAUCGAUUUGUACAAGGGAAAGACUGGGGUUUUAAAAAAUUCAUUCGAAGGGAUUUUUUGCUUGAUGAAGCCAAUGGUCUUUUACCAGAUGACAAGCUUACAUUAUUUUGUGAGGUGAGUGUGGUCCAAGAUUCAGUAAAUAUAUCAGGACAUACUAAUACAAAUACUUUGAAGGUGCCUGAAUGUCGACUAGCAGAAGAUUUAGGUAAUCUCUGGGAAAACACACGAUUUACAGAUUGCAGUUUUUUUGUGAGAGGACAAGAAUUUAAAGCGCAUAAAUCUGUACUUGCAGCUCGAUCCCCAGUUUUUAAUGCAAUGUUUGAACAUGAAAUGGAAGAAAGCAAAAAGAAUCGAGUGGAAAUAAAUGAUGUAGACCCUGAGGUUUUUAAAGAAAUGAUGAGAUUCAUUUACACAGGGAAAGCGCCAAACCUUGACAAAAUGGCUGACAACUUGUUGGCAGCUGCAGACAAAUAUGCACUGGAACGGCUGAAGGUCAUGUGUGAAGAAGCUUUGUGUAGUAACCUCUCAGUAGAAAACGUUGCUGAUACCCUUGUCCUUGCAGAUUUGCACAGUGCAGAACAGUUGAAAGCACAAGCCAUAGACUUUAUUAAUAGGUGCAGUGUACUUCGACAGCUUGGGUGUAAAGAUGGGAAAAACUGGAACAGCAACCAAGCAACGGACAUAAUGGAAACGUCAGGGUGGAAGUCCAUGAUUCAGUCUCAUCCCCAUUUAGUAGCAGAAGCCUUCAGAGCACUAGCAUCUGCACAGUGUCCACAGUUUGGCAUUCCACGCAAACGGCUAAAACAGUCCUGAAAUCUUCCAUGAACUGUAGAAAAAUGGAAUUGACUUUUACUCCUCCAGGUCCAGAAGGAUUCUAAUAUACAAACCAUAAGCAAGAGUUGUUUCUGUUGUCUAGUCCACAAACAGAAGCUGAAAAAGCGUAUUGCUUGCAUUUCAGGUGGAUAAUUUAUGGUUUAUUCUUCAGCUUUAAAUUAGACUGAUUAUACUCUAAUUCACUUCAAGGCCUUAAAUUAUCUUCAGUGACUUCUCUUGUUCAUAUAAUACUUUAAUUUUUUUAUUGUGCCUUGUCAUUUUGACCAAGGCUAUGCCAGAUUGCACUAGCUCCAUAAUGCAGUAAUAUUGAUAACUGAAGAUGAUAAGUUUCAAAAGGAUCUUCCAUUAGUUUGAGAAAAGCAAAAUGAAUUUUAUAGGGUUUGUCGUAUGCUAUCUCAAAGUUUAAAACUAGGUUCUCCUUAAAAGCACUUGUAUUGGAGAUUACUGGUAAUAUUUCCAAUCUAAGUUCUGUAAAUACAGGAGAACCUUCUUACCUUCAAGGUAAGUUGUGGCAAUACACUGCUUCAAUUCUAAUUUAUUUUUCAUUUCAGAGGGCAAAUAUGCAAUGAAUUGGCCCAAAUUUUUAGUAAAAUUUGUGAUGUUUGUCUAUAUGUUAACUGUCCAGCAAACUAAGAGAAGCAUAACAAACCUUUGCUUGUGUUUCUUUGUGGGUUUAUCCAAGUUUACAAUGAUUGAGAACUGAUUGAGGUUAAGGUUUCAAUAAGAAAGCAUGUUUUGUGCUGAAUUAAUUUUUUUUAAUUUAUAGUGACCUACAUUUAUAUGAAGAAUUCUGUAUAUGUUAAAAGUAAGGAUGACCAAAUGUAAAUUAAUGAGUGGGCCAAUUACGAAAGAUAUAUAUGCACUUUUAAUGUGUAACUUUUGUAUGCUCAGUGGUACAUAUAUUUUUUUGCUUUUGAGGAAAUUAAUAAGGUAUAAUUAAUUGUGUCUUAACUUUUGAAAGAAUUUUUAAAGACAGAUGGAGGUAACUGGGAUGUUUGUGAUAAUAGAUAAGAAAGAUAUCCUUGAUUAUAGUUAAAUUGGUUUGAAUUUCAGAUAUUCAUUAUUGAAUUUACUCCUGUUUUAUCAUACUUUGGAGAAAGCACCUGAACAGCAGACGAAUCCUGGACAGUCUACUCUCCUAAAAACAAUGAACUGAUAUUAUUUGCAGACCAAAGGAGAGAACCCUUAGAAAUAUGUCAGACCACACUCUAACCCGUUUUUUCCCCCUAGCUUUCUCUUUUCUCUUUCAGUUACUGUACUAACAUUGUGGGUGAUAUUGAAAUUCUGCGUAAUGU